UAGCAAGUCAACCCUACCGCCGUCAAACACAAAUUGUUGUUCAGUUUUUAUUCAUUAUUUCAAAGUUAACAAGGUAUUUGUAAAAUAGUAUGGCUUCCGCGAUGGAUGUCGACGAAGAGGAAGUAGAGAUGGCUUCGUCCAGUAGUGGCAAAGGCGACAAAAAGCGUUUCGAAGUCAAAAAGUGGAACGCCGUUGCCUUGUGGGCUUGGGAUAUUGUGGUGGAUAACUGCGCUAUCUGCCGCAAUCACAUUAUGGAUCUAUGCAUAGAAUGUCAGGCUAACCAGGCAUCAGCCACUAGUGAAGAGUGCACAGUAGCUUGGGGAGUCUGUAAUCAUGCCUUCCACUUUCACUGUAUUUCGCGUUGGCUGAAGACCCGGCAAGUUUGUCCUCUAGACAACAGAGAAUGGGAGUUCCAAAAGUAUGGACAUUAGAUGUCGGCUGGUGGGCCAGAACCACAGACCUCCAUGUGUAAUAAUGUUGGGUUUAAAAUGUCAAUAUUUCAUUAAGAAUUCAAUAAAUUCACUUCUUCAAUAUUACAAUAUUUUGAUUAUUAAUUCUUGGUAUCUUGUAAACUUUUAAUUUCUAUUUGUAAUAAAAAUUGGAAAACAUUAUUAAACCAA